CUGAAUGAGGCUAAUUCUAAACGACAACGAACAGGGAUUAACACUUCAAACCUAAAACUAGAUAACAUUAUAUCAAACACGUCCGCCCAUUCAAGCAUAGAACCACAUCAAAAUAUUAAUGAGCAAAAAGAAUAUGUCUAUGUGCAAACUUUCGCGCAAAACUAUACUAAUGCUAAUUCUUUCACACCGGAUUUCCUGCUGAACCAAGUUGAACCUGUCGAUGCGAUGCCUCUAGCAUUUGGUAUAGAUAAUAAUUUUCAGCAGAACGAUUUG